AUGCGUGAACUUUCUUCGGUUCUCGCCCUUUCGGGCUUGCUGGCCCUGGCGUCGGCACAGGAUCCUGCCGCCCUGCUCAACUCGGUGUGCUUCCCCAGCGGACAACUCAAAAACACCAUCCCGUAUCCGUGCCCGGGAAUCGCCAAUGCCAAGGAUCAAUGCAGCCAGUUCCUCCCUGGUCCCAACGCGAGCCCUGAUCAGAUCAAGAAGCACCGUGACUGCCUGUGCUUUGACCAGAAGAUUAUCCAGUUCGAGAAGGGCUGCACUGCUUGCAAGAAGACACACGCCUUCCUCAGCAAGAGGGGCGAAGGCUACUGGAACGGAAUUUUGGAUCGUGUCUACUCCGACUACUGCCAGGCCGAAAGCCCAACCGCCGCAUACGAUGCUUCGUGGGCUUCCGCGUCCCAGGCUGCUGGUCCGUAUCCCACCGGCGGACCCGACGAUGUACUCACCAACUAUGCCAAGGAUCUGCCCGCCGACGAGAAGACAAAGGUUGAACUCUACUGGAAGGGCACUACCGAGGAGAAGCGUCCCUCGGCCACUGCCACGCCAACUUCCGUGUCGACCAGUGCUGCCGCUACCCCCACGCUGGUUGACGAUGAUGAUGAGUGGUGCGACGACGAGGAGACUACUUCCGCCUCCGCCGGUUCUGCCGCCGCGACUACCGCCAGCCCCAACACCGCCGUCUCCGGCAGCACCCAGCCUACUCCUGUCCUGAACGACGACUGGAUCACUGCCUCUGCCAAGGAGGACCCUUCUGCCAGCACCGUCCGUCCCCCCCAGCCCAGCCAGUCUGGCUGGACUAAGCAGAACGAGACUUCCCCUGCCCCGGCCACCGAGACUGUCUACAUUGACCGUGUCGUCAUUGUCAAGGUUUGCCAGAAGUGCGUCUAUGCCAAGUCCGACAACGGCGACUUCAAGCUGGCCUGCUCCAACCCCAUGGAAAUCGAGGGCACCAAGAAGCAGGUCCCUGUCGAGGAGGCCAAGCAUCUGCCUGCUGUCCCUGUCGCUCUUCCCAAAGAGCCCGUCUCUGUAGAGCAGAAGAAGCAGAUCACCGUUCCGGAUACCAUCAUCCAGCAGGUUUGCGGGUGCUCUUACACCUCGGGCCCCGGCUCCAACGGCAAUGGUGCCAAUGGUUCCAACCCUGGAAGCUCCAAGAACCCUGGCUCCGGCCCUGAUAGCCCCAAGAACAACGGCCCUACCGGCUCCAAUGGCUCCAAUGGCCCCAACAGCUCUGGCAAUGAGGGCCCCAACGGUUCCAAUGGCAAGCCCGGCUCUGGCAACAAUGGUGCCAACGGUUCCAACGGUCCUAACGGCUCUACUGGCUCUGGCCCUGAUAGCCCCAAGAACAAUGGCUCCAACGGCUCCAACGGUCCUAACGGCUCUACUGGUUCUCCUGCUGGCCCUGGCAAUGAGGGUGCCAAUGGUUCCAACGGUCCUAACGGCUCUACUGGCUCUCCUUCUGGCCUUGGCAACGAGGGCGCCAAUGGUUCCAACGGCAAGCCCGGCUCUGGCAACAAUGGUGCCAUCGGUGCCAACCCCGGCAGCCCCAACGCUCCCGGCUCCGGCAACACCGGUGCUGGCUCUGAUGCCGGCAGCCCCAAGAAUCCCGGCUCCAACGGUUCCAACGGCCCCAACAAUGCCGGCUCGAAUGGCGUUGUUGCUCCUUCUGGCAGCAACCCCUCCAAGCCAACUCGCGUCGGGUCUGCUGGUCUGCCUUCGGGAACCAACCAGGUCCCCAUUGUCAGCUCGGCAUCCGGCAACAUGCCGGCAUCCGUGGCUAUGCUCUUCCUCGCCGCCAUGGCUCUUCUUAUCUAA